AUGCACUCGUCUGAGGAUGAGGGAAGUGGGGCAACAGGCACUCUUCCUCCUCCCCUGCCCUGCCGCGCAAUGCAGUACCAAACGAAUCAGAAUCUGAACCUGCAAAGAAGGUUGUACGUGUCCCAAUGGCCAGGAAAGGUUUCUCUUUCUUACGAAGAUGGUCGCCCAGUGGAUGGGAAGGGUGUUGGAAGAAAGGUGAUAGAUAAGUUGCAUGAGACCUACAGCAGUGAGUUGGCUGGAAAGGACUUUGCAUAUGAUGGGGAGAAGAGUUUAUUUACUGUUGGUCCUCUCCCAAGUACCAAGCUUGAGUUUCCUGUUGUACUUGUGGAUGUUACAUCCAACAGAAACAAUAGGAAUGCAAGCCCUGAUGGCAAUGAAAGCCCUAAAGAGCGUGGAAGGAAUAUAUUAAGACAUAUGCAUCAGUCAAAGACUUUUAACGUGGAGAUUAGCUUUGCCGCAAAGAUUCCCAUGCAAGCCAUUCAAAAUGCUCUGUAUGGACAAGAAUCAGAAAACUCACAACAAGCCCUGAGGAUGCUAGAUAUCAUUUUACGGCAGCAUGCUGCAAAACGGGGAUGCCUACACGUUCGCCAAUCUUUUUUCCAAGAUGAUGAAAAUAAUUAUACAAACAUUGGCGGUGGUGUCCUAGGAUGCAGGGGGUUCCAUUCAAGUUUCAGAGCUACUCAAGGAGGCCUUUCACUGAAUAUUGAUGCAUCAAAUACAAUGAUAAUUCGACCCGGUCCAGUAUUGGAUUUUUUACUUGACAAUCAGAAUAUGAGAGAUCCUCACUACCUGGACUGGAACAAGGCUAAACAAGUGCUUAAAAAUCUGAGGGUAAAAGUCAGACCAUCCAAUCUGGAGUACAAGAUUACCGGAUUGAGUGACCUUUACUGCAAAGAUCAGAUGUUCUCAUGGAAGCAGAAAAGUGCGAAGAAUGAGACUGGUGAAGCUGAGACUGUGGAGAUUACUGUUUAUGAAUAUUUUGUCACCCAUCGCAAGAUACAGUUGGAUUAUUCUGCAGAUUUGCGAUGCAUUAAUGUUGGCAUGCCAAAUCGGCCAACAUAUAUUCCUAUGGAGCUCUGCACUUUGGUGUCCUUGCAACGCUACACAAAAGCGCUAUCCACUUUCCAAAGAGCUUCGCUAGUCGAAAAAUCAAGGCAGAAGCCUCAAGAAAGACUGAGUAUCUUGUCUAACGCUUUGCAUAACAGUAAUUAUGGUGCUGAACCAAUGCUGCGUUCAUGUGGUGUUUCUAUCAGCUCUAAUGUCAUCCAAGUGGAAGGCCGUAUUCUGCCAGCUCCAUGGAUAAGAGUGGGCGAUGGUGAACAUUUCUUGCCACGGAAUGGGCGAUGGAAUUUCAACAAUAAGAGAUUUGUGGAGCCAACUAGGAUUGAAGAUUGGGGUGUUGUUAACUUCUCGGCACGUUGUGAUGUAAAUAAACUUGUGCGGGAUCUGAUGAGAUGCGGAGAAAUGAAAGGAAUUCGUGUAGAUAGUCCAUUAGGUGUGUUCACAGAGAUGAAUGAGAACAGACGUCUCUCUCCUUUGGGUAGAGUGGAGAAGAUGUUUGAUGAGCUGCAAUCUAAACUUACUCAUAAAACUCCACGGUUCCUUCUCUGUCUGCUGCCCGAUAGGAAAAUUUCCGGUCUUUAUGGUCCAUGGAAGCGAAAGAAUCUGGGUCACUUUGGCAUAGUCACUCAGUGUAUGGCUCCAACUAGGUUCAAUGACAAGUACCUUACGAAUCUGCUUCUCAAGAUCAAUGCAAAGCUCGGAGGACUGAAUUCAAUGUUAUCAAUUGAACAAACACUUUCAUUCCCUGUCGUUUCAAGUGUUCCAACUAUGAUCCUUGGCAUGGGUGUGUCACAUGGCUCUCCUGGGCAGUCCGAUGUCCCGUCAAUAGCUGCGGUGGUUAACUCCAGGCAGUGGCCUUCGAUUUCCCGCUAUAGGGCAUCUGUUCGGACACAGUCACCCAAGGUUGUAAUGGUAGAUUCACUAUUCAAACGAGUGUCUGACCAGGUGGAUGGAGGUCUUAUGAGGGAUGGGGUUAGCGAGUCACAGUUCAAUCAAGUUUUGAACACUGAACUGGGUCAAAUUAUUGAGGCUUGCAAGUUUCUUGAUGAGAAUUGGAACCCCCAGUUUGUGGUCAUUGCAGCACAAAAAAGUCAUCAUACAAGGUUUUUCCAGCAGGGAUCUCCUGAUAAUGUUCUACCUGGAACUGUGAUAGACAACACAAUUUGUCAUCCACAGAACAAUGACUUUUAUCUAUGUGCACAUGCUGGAAUGACUGGAACCACAAGGCCUACCCAUUAUCAUGUUCUCUUAGAUGAGAGUGGAUAUUCGGUCGACGAUCUGCAGGAACUUGUCCAUUCUCUAUCAUAUGUGUAUCAAAGAAGUACCACUGCCAUAUCAGUAGUUGCUCCUAUUUGCUAUGCGCAUUUGGCAGCUUCGCAGUUGGGGACUUUCCUGAAGUUUGAUGAGGCUCCUGAGACAUCCUCAAGCCAUGGUGGGGUGACUGCUCCUGGAGCCGUACCUGUUCCGCAGCUGCCGUGGUUGAACAAGAAUGUCUCCGAUUCUAUGUUCUUCUGCUGA